AUGAGCAGCGAUCAAGCUACCAAGCACGAGCCCGAGACGUUGGCUACAUUGCCGACGAACUCUCAAGAUGUCGAAGUCCAGGUCAUCGACGCCCCUAUAGCUCACGAUGCUGUCUUUGGUGAUAUCACAGGUGACGGACCCAACUACCGCAAUGUUGGGUGGCUAGGAACAGCUGCUUUAAUGAUGAAGACCCAGAUCGGCCUGGGCAUUCUAUCCAUCCCAUCGGCCUUCCAUACCCUCGGUAUCAUUCCUGGAGUCAUUUGUCUCCUCCUCAUAGGAGGUAUCACAACGUGGUCCAACUAUGUGAUUGGUACCUUCAAACUCAACCAUCGCGAGGUUUACGACAUUGGAGACGCGGGAGGUAUCCUGUUUGGACGAAUUGGGCGAGAGUUUCUUGGCCUGAGUUUUGCCUUGUUUACCGUCUUCGCUAUUGCGUCCGGUAUCCUUGGAAUCUCGAUUAGCUUCAAUGCUUUAUCGGACCAUGGAGCCUGCACUGCUGUUUUUGUUGCAGUAGCAUCCAUCAUCGUCUUCUGCUGUGCCAGUAUCCGUACACUAGGUCGAAUGAGCUGGUUGGCCUGGGUUGGGCUUAUUCCUCUGCUGAUUGCCGUCUACCUUGUCACCAUCGCCGUCGGUGUCCAAGAUCGACCCUCUGCCGCGCCCAAGAUGAACACAGACGAGAAGUGGAUGUCAGACUGGAAACUUGUUGGUAACCCGACAUUUAUCGAUGCCAUGGCUGCGCUUUCGACCAUUGUCUUUGCCUACGCGGGUACACCCCUUUUCUUCCCCAUCGCGGCCGAGAUGCGUGAGCCACGCCACUACACAAAGGCCAUGCUUCUCUGCCAGGGUGUCGCAACAGCUACAUACCUUACUGUAGGAAUCAUAAUCUACUACUUCUGUGGCUCUUAUGUUGCUACGCCUGCUCUGGGCUCGGCUGGUAAGACUAUCAAGAAAGUUGCGUAUGGUCUUGCUCUACCAGGACUUAUCGUUGGUGCGACCAUCAAUACUCAUGUGACUGGAAAGUAUGCGUUCGUUCGAAUCCUUCGAGGCUCAGAGCAUCUCACAGCAAACACUGUCACUCAUUGGGUUACAUGGUUGGGUCUUAUCUUCAGCACUGCUCUGUUUGCAUACAUCAUAGCUAGUGCCAUCCCAGUAUUUGGAAGUCUUGUUUCUCUUGUUGGAGCUCUGCUCGGUACUCUUCAAGCAUUCCAACCGUACGGUUGCUUCUGGCUGUACGACAACUGGAGGAAGGGCAAGCAGGAAAUGUCUCUACGAUGGAUUCUCAUGGUUGCAUGGAGUGUAUUUGUCAUCGUUUCAGGAACAUUCUUGAUGAUUGCUGGAACGUAUGGUUCCGUCAUUGGAGUUAUCGAGUCUGGUAAGAAAGGAGGUGGUCGUCCUUGGUCUUGUGCAGACAACUCCAACUCUGUAGCAACCUAG